AUGCCAGAACCUUUGCCUCCCAUCUUCUGCACCUCAUGCAUCCACCUCCAGAAAAUCGGCCGCAACGGCGCCACCAAAGGCUUGCAGCACGCCUGCCACUGCAGCCGCAGGCUGCCGGCUGCCACCUUCCUCAUGGAGGAGAUGGAGACGAACACGGCCACGGACGCGGAGCGAGGGAACAGAUCAACCAGAUUGUUGUUGGGAGGAGGAGAGGAAUUGGAGCUCGAGCACGGCAUCGACCACACCGGAAAGUACGUCGGCGACUCUGACCUCCAGCUCAAGCGCAUCAACAUCUACUACAACGAGGCCAGCGGUGGCCGCUUUGUCCCGCGCACCGUCCUCAUGGACCUCGAGCCCGGCACCAUGGACUCCGUGCGCUCGGGUCCCUUCGGCCAGAUCUUCCGCCUCGACAAUUUCGUCUUCGGCCAGUCCGGCACUAGCAACAACUGGGCCAAGGGCCACUACACUGAGGGCGCCGAGCUCAUCGACUCCGUGCUCGACGUCGUGUGCAAGGAGGCCGAGAGCUGUGACUGCCUCCAAGGGUUCCAGGUCUGUCACUCGCUGGGAGGAGGUACAGGAACGCCGCCGAAGGGGAUGACGGCAUGGGCGCCGCCGCCGAAGCCGAGCGACGACGGCAGCAGGGCGAAGUAG